CUCCCCCGCUUCUGUGUUCCCCUCCCCCGGUUUGCCCUCUUGCCGUGCUCCUCCCCUUUCUCCCUCCACCAUGCGUCUGCUCGCCCACAACCUGAUGUGCUCCCACGUGCGUGGCGUCAAGAACGGCUACCCGCUCGGGCUUGCCGCCACCGAGGUGCGCUUCCUUGACGAAGUGGCCGAGAAGGCCAUCGCCGAGCAGAUGGCCGAGGACUCGGACGCCAGUGAUGGCGAGUACGGCCUGCCGGAGUACAAUGACGAUGUCAUGGCCAACAUCUGGCCCAAGGUCGUCUACUCGGUCCUGCACCAGGCUGCCUCUGCUCUUGGCCACGCUGAGGGCCUUCCCCCCCCGAAGGUCGCCGUGAGCCCCUCGAUGGGCGUCGAUGCGGCCACCGUGGCUUCCAGCUCGAACCCCGAUCUGGCUUCCCUCACCGAGCAGGAGCGCAAGACCAUUUACCGUAUCCUCUUCUAUCUCGACGUUGUCGAGGGGUCUCUCACCUGCCCGGAGUCUGGCCGUGUCUUCCCGAUUGUCAAGUCCAUCCCCAACAUGCUCCUCGAUGAGGAUGAGGUCUAGGGGCCGUUCAUGUGCCCGCCUCCCGCCCUCGGUCCUUUGCUCGGUGGCUGGACGCCGGGUGCUGGGACAGGGGGACGCCCGUCAGGAGGGUCUCUCCCUUCUUCUUUUCCUUCGCUCUCUCUCUCUCUCUCUCUC